AUGACUAGAUAUGGAUCAACAUUCAGUGCAAUUGACAUUUAUUUCUCAAAACCUGGAGUUUGCCAAAUAACCGAAUUCGUCUCAUUCACUUCUCGAACCCUGUCAACGUGGACAGUGGUGAUGUUUACUAUUGAGCGACUGAUCGUGGUGGUGUGGCCUCUGCACGCCAUUAAAUGUUUCACCCUCCGACGCUCCCAAUUCCAUAUUCUUCUCUCCAUCUUAAUCAGCCUCCUCAUCAAUAUGCCGUGGUUUUUCGCCCUUGAGACGGUGCAAGACCCCUGCGGCACCGGUGAGUUUGUCUGCCGGCCCAACGAAGUGCUCAAUAUCAACCGCAUUUUUGAAGUUCUCUUCCUCUCCGUCCUUCCCGCUACCAUCAUCUGCUCCUGCAACGCUGUCAUCCUGCACAAAAUCCGCAACCAUCGACGACCCGGAGCCGAGGGAGGACAAGGGGGAUGUGUAGGCGGCCAUCCUGGAUCCGGUCAAUCGGUCACACAUUCUUCCACCACCAGGCAACUCCUGGCUGUAUCCUUCUGUUUUGUGGUGCUCACUUUGCCUUCCGCGGUGAUCAACGUAGUCCAAACCUUUAACCACUUCCUUGACACAUUGAAGGAUUUUUCGGGCAGCCUGGCAGACACCUACUACAUCGCAUGGUUCCUCUUCAUGAUCAACCUGAGCAGUAAUUUCUUUGUCUACUGCCUAGUUCGACGCACGUUCAGAAAGGCGGCUUUGAGACUAUUCAGGAGAAAGUAUGGACACUGUUCUCACCAGAAUCGUGCCUCUACGCUGCAUAUUGCUCAAACGGAGGCUGUCACGUAG